GAAUGGACAUGGCUUGUGCAGCAGUCCCAACGAUGUAUUUAUACCCCCAACCCCUCUCAUCGUUUUCCCUCCCUGCGCGGGCCCCCUUCGUCGUCGUCCCUGUCGUCGUCGUUGUGCUCGUUUUCAAGGUUGCUCGAGUUGAGCAUUGGUCUUUCCGUUGAAAGAGAGCAGGAAUCAUGUCAAAUAAAAUAGUGCCCUCCGUGUAUCGUGCCGUCAUUGACGAUGUCAUUGCCAAUAUAAAACCCGAGUUCGAUGAAUUUGGCAUUGGCGAGGACGUUCUCGCCGAAUUGCAGCAUAAAUGGGAGGCCAAGGUGAUCCAGUCGCAUGUAGCAGACUUCGAACCCCCUCCCCCAGCUCCUCAGCAGACGGCUCCGCCGCCUCCCCAUCCGUCUGUGCCUCAACAUCCAGCAUACCCACCGCAUCCAAUGCAUAUGCAGCAUCACUAUCCUCCGCAUGCAGCAUACAACCUUCAACCACCCCCCGGUCCUCACAUUCCUGUCCAUACACCUGUGCACGUCAAGGCAGAACCUGUAGACCCGAGGUAUCUGCUGAAUUCGAGCAUGCAGCAGCAUCCAUAUGGCCUCCCAUCUCUUGCAGGUCCGCAGCUAGGGAGACCUAAUGUAGCGCCGACGUACCCCUCUCCAGGGACACCUCAAGCACGACCAUCCAGUACUGGUCCCGCACCACCUGCUCCUACUGCCCGUUAUCCAAAUGGCGUCCCUCAGCCACCUCAGCAGUCUUCAACUCCAUCCAUACCUACACCCCCUGCGCCAACUCGUAUACCUCAGGUAGACGGGCCGUCUUCGUCAUCAUCAGAAUCAUCCUCGUCGCCACCGAGUUAUGCACCUAGGGCGAACCACCCAUCAUUACCUCAACCCGCUGGUUCACCUGCCAAUGGCGAACAGAAAGUUAACGACGAUGAGGAAGCGAUCAAUAGUGAUUUGGACGAUUCAGAUUCAGAUAACGAGCGAGAUAUCGAGUCUGGCGGAGGGGCUGAUACGGAUAUCGUCUUCUGUACUUAUGACAAGGUUGCGAGAGUGAAGAACAAGUGGAAGUGCAUCCUCAAAGACGGUAUGAUCCACGUGAACGGGCGUGAUUACCUUUUCGCCAAGUGCACAGGUGAAUUCGAAUGGUAAUCACCACCGUGCUCUCAGCAUUACAUCCAUCAUAUUCUUCGGUCCUGGGUAUAUAUAUCUUCCGACGCUUCAAUUAAGGUUCCUCAACUUACUCUCAGUCUUGGAUCAACUCGCUCACUCAAUGGCAAAUCUCCUCGCACGCUCUGUAUUUAGAUAAAAUCCUCAAGAAAUUUCAUCUCAUCAGUUUCGACCCUCUUACGGUUCCCAAUGCUCCUCAUCGCCUUGUCACGUCACCAUAUAUCGAUCAUGCAUCAUCCAUCUUCCAUGUGUUAUUCCAUAUACAUUACUCAUUGUCAUAUCCAUCCAUUAGCUCGUAGUACACCGUCGCCCUGAUUUAGUAUCCGUCGCAUCCCACUGCGUAUACAUAUAUUGUUUACCUUUUGCGCCGACGUCCUUGAUGUCGUACCUCGAU